UCUUCUAAGACUCUAAUGGAUCCCAAUCCUAAAAGACGUCGUUUUGGUUCAUCAUUUUCACUCACUUCUUUAGAUGAUUCAUCGACUGUUGUAGUUGCUUGUGAUCAAAUUGUUGAUGAUCAAAAUAUCAUUCAAAAUCCAACAUCGGAUAAUGUUAUGGUGCUAAAAGGUAAACAACUUACGGUUCCUUCGUCUGCUUCAAAUGUUGCCACCAAAAAGACAUCUCAAAUGAUGUUUGGAGAAUUUCUAAAAGCUUGUCGAUGGUGCAAGAACACGAUUGAAGAAGAGAUCUAUAUGUAUGGCAUCUUUUCGGCAUUUUGCUCUCCCAAAUGUCGACAAAAUCAGAUGAUAUCUGAAAAUUAUACAGUUGACAUGUGUUCUAAAAAAUCAGAUUCUGCAAAAGAGGAAACUGAUGAUAUUAACAAAAAGUGAAGCAAUGCAUGGUUUUUCUUUAGUUUUGGAAUAAAGCAAA